GGAAGAAACGAGAGCACGACGUGAACAUGGGGAAGCAAAAGAAAGCAAGGAAGUAUGCGACAAUGAAGCGAAUGCUUAGUCUCCGAGAUCAGAGGCUUAAAGAAAAGGAUAGAUUAAAACCUAAAAAAAAAGAAAAGAAAGAUCCCAGUGCACUCAAGGAAAGAGAAGUCCCCCAACAUCCUUCCUGCUUAUUCUUCCAAUAUAACACACAGCUGGGCCCACCUUACCACAUCCUGGUUGAUACCAACUUUAUCAACUUUUCCAUUAAAGCCAAACUUGACUUAGUACAGUCAAUGAUGGACUGUCUUUAUGCCAAGUGUAUCCCUUGUAUAACUGACUGUGUAAUGGCUGAAAUUGAGAAACUGGGGCAGAAGUAUCGAGUGGCUCUAAGGAUUGCCAAGGAUCCAAGAUUUGAACGAUUACCAUGCACACACAGAGGAACCUACGCAGAUGACUGCUUAGUGCAGAGAGUAACUCAGCACAAGUGUUACAUUGUGGCCACAGUUGACCGAGACCUUAAACGAAGGAUCCGGAAGAUUCCUGGAGUUCCCAUCAUGUACAUUUCUAACCAUAGGUACAACAUUGAGCGGAUGCCAGAUGAUUACGGAGCCCCUCGGUUCUAAUUCUUAAAAGAUAGAGUUCCUCUGCCUUCCUUUACCAACUUUUUCUAUUGCUGGUUCAUAUUAGCAACAUGCUAUAGCAUGAAUUAUUCUUCUUACCCUUUUCCUGUUAUGAGCUGAGUAUGGUUAAAUACACUCACUUUUUGGUAUUGUUUUGAAAUUGA